UUGUUCGUGACGUCCAUAUUAAUCUGGAAAAACACCACUGACUUCCCGUCACAACCUUACAUGCGAAGCGGUAUUAUCAUCCCGGCGAAAAACAUCCCAACGGACCAUGGCAGAUCAGAAAGAGGAAGAAACCAGAGAUUCUAAAGUUCAGAGAACACAACGGAAAAGUUCAAACGAACAUUCUGGUGCAAGGCCAUCAUUUGAAACAGGGAAGGAGACAGAGCGUUUACUGAAUAAGCGCCGGAAUAUGGCUAGUGGGCUCUGUCAAUACGGUGUCAAUAAAGAUGAGGACGCACAGAAAGGAUGUGCCGGACUUAACGUAUUUGUCAUGCACUGUGGAAUCGAAGACACCAAGUUCCAAGGAGAAGUAAAGGAAAAAAAGGAGGAAGAUGCCUCGCUCAAAGAAUCGAAGGAAAUCGAGGAGGAAAAUUCCGUACUCAAAGAUAGCUAUAAAGAGGAAAUUAUCGAGCUUAGAAGAACUUUAGAUAGCUAUCAGAAGAAAAUUACCGAACUGCAAGAGAUUGUGAUAGACAGUAAGAACGAAAACACUGAACUGAGAGAGGAGUUGGCGAGUUGUAAGAAAAAAUUAGAGAGGAGACACACUCUGGUAGAUGUGUUGAAACCUGAGCCUCCAAGAGAUGGAACUCCCAGGAAGUCGAACCCAGCGCGCCAUCAGAGACUGCACUUUCAUUCCGACAAGGCUGUUUCGUAAUUAACUCACUCUUCAGGGGAUUUUAUGGGGAUUUUAGGCCAAGAAUAUUCGAAGCUAUAUAUCAUAUACUAUAAAUUUGCAUAAUAGAUGUUGUGGUAAAUUUAGAUGGUUUGUUCAGCUGUUACGCAGCAACGCAUUUUUUCUGUGGUGGCAUCAAUUAUCAGUCUUGGAGUCAAGAAAUAUCAUGCAUUUCCGACUCUUAAGAAACCAGUGGUUGAUAUGUCCCACGCU